AUGGCUUGGGGAAAGACAAAGGCGCCUCCUCCGCCGCCACCAUCAGCAGCUAGGCAACUCAUCCCGUUGUUUAUCGUCCUGGCAGUACUGGGCGUAAUGGCCUGGGUUGGCUAUCAGAUUUACGUUUCUGUCAUGAAGAUCAAGGACCAGGCCGAAAAGCAGAUGGGCGACAAAAACAUGGUCUUCACCAAAGACGGUCUUCGUGUCAGUGUCAAAAAUGUCAAGGACGAGUCGUAUCUGGAUGCGACACAGAGCUGGUUUGUCAAGGCAUGGGAUCUGAGCGGGAAUGCAGUUGAUACUUCGAAGCGCAAGAGAAACUUCCUCACAAAACAAAAGAGUCCCAAGAUCGGCAGUGACUAA